CAAUCGCUUCGAAUAUCAAGGUGUGGCCACAAUGAAGUCGUUGAUGGUGGUGUUCCUGGGCUUAGCGCUGCUUGCAAGCAACAUAGUCCCUCUCUGUGGUCUUGCUAUGGAGGGUCACCUAGUCCACAUGGGAAGUUGCAAAUGCCAGAAGCACACCUCCACGGCCUUUGGCCCGAAACAGAUCCAAUCCAUUCAAGUCAUUCCCAAGCGUAUACAGUGCGGGAGGACAGAAAUAAUAUUAACCCUGAAAAGCAAAUGGCAGGUCUGUGUGGCACCUACUGCCCAGUGGGUGCAGAAAUUGCUGAAGAGGCUGAUAAAGAGCAACCAGUGACCACAAAUGGGAGUCUUCCUGAAGGUGGAAAAAUGCACAAGGAGCCCGAAGAAACAGUGAUGCA